AAAAACUUAAAAAAGAAGAAAUAGAGGGUCAGGAGAGUGAAGAACACGAUAUCUGUUUUUCACUUUUGUUAUUUUAAAAAUAGAUCCGGAGGUGGUGGAACGGUCCGCACUCUGAACCCACCUUCCCGUCGUCUUUCCUCCAUUUUCAGAUCUCUGGGUUUUCCCGACAAGAUCUCAACAAUUUCUCUUUCUCGAGUGCCACAGGAUUGCAUUGAUGCUUUCAAGUUGACCCCGUUGAUUAAAGAUCGAAAACACAAAGAAAAAGAAAGAGAAAAUGGCUGGCGGUGCUGCGGGAGGUUUCAUCACUCGAGCAUUGGAAUCAAUGCUCAAAGAGUGUUCUAAUAAGAAGUAUUCUGCUCUCCAGACAGCUAUCCAAUCCUAUAUUGACAAUUCAAAAGCAUCUAGUCAGCAAAGCUUAUCCACUGAGAGUGAUGCUCCAACAUCUUCAACUGUAGAUCAGAGUUCUACUGACACUGGAGCCUCGGAAAAUGAAGCUGCACCAGUUGACUCAACUACUGCUUUGCCUAGUGGUGAUACAGAACCGAUAAGCGGGGCAGCAAGCCAAAGUGGAACUAUAGUGACAGCUUUAGCUCAGGCAGGCAAUACUUUAAGCCCAGCACAGGCAGAACUCGUGCUAAAUCCACUCCGGUUGGCUUUUGAGACGAAGAAUGGAAAAAUCAUGGAGCUUGCUUUGGAUUGUCUUCAUAAACUCAUUGCCUACGACCAUCUAGAGGGAGAUCUUGGCUUAGAUGGUGGGAAAAAUGUGACGCUGUUUACUGACAUCCUGAACAGGGUCUGCGGCUGUGUGGAUAAUUUGUCGCCCGAUAGUACGACUCUUCAGGUUCUGAAGGUACUUCUUACCGCUGUAGCAUCCACCAAGUUCAGAGUUCACGGGGAAUCAUUGCUCGGAGUUAUCAGGGUCUGUUACAAUAUUGCUCUUAACAGUAAAAGUCCAAUAAACCAAGCAACAUCAAAGGCCAUGUUAACACAAAUGCUUAGUAUUAUAUUCAGACGGAUGGAAAAUGAUCUGGGUUCUAGUUCACGUGGACCUGUUGCACACCAAGAAACUACUGAUACUAAUGGGCCAAAUGUAAGGGUUGAGGAAGUUUCACAUAAUGAUCCGGAAGAUAAAGAAAUAACAGAAGGGGGAGAUGCACCUAAUGUUGUUCAGGCUAAAGAUUCAUCUGUUGCAUCAGUUGAGGGACUUCAGAGUUUUGUUGGUGGUGCUGAUAUCAAGGGUUUAGAAGCUGCUCUUGAGAAGGCUGUGCAUCUUGAAGAUGGUGAAAAGGUCACAAGAGGAAUUGAGCUUGAAAGCAUGAGUCCUGGAGAGCAUGAUGCCUUACUUCUUUUCCGAACCCUUUGCAAGAUGGGCAUAAAGGAAGACAACGAUGAAGUUACUGUUAAGACACGAAUUUUGUCCUUGGAGCUACUUCAGGGUCUUUUGGAGGGGCUUAGCGAUUCAUUCACGAAAAACUUUCAGUUUAUCGACUCCGUCAAGGCUUAUCUUUCAUAUGUUUUACUAAGAGCAUCAGUUUCACAGUCACCUACCAUAUUUCAGUAUGCUACAGGAAUUUUCUCAGUCCUAUUAUUGCGAUUCAGGGAAUGUCUCAAGGGUGAAAUUGGUAUUUUCUUUCCCUUAAUUGUCCUACGUCCACUGGAUGGCACAGACUUGAAUGCAAAAACAAGUGUUCCGCGGAUGCUAGAGAAAGUUUGCAAGAAUUCCCAGAUGCUUGUUGACCUUUAUGUGAACUAUGAUUGUGAUCUACAAGCACCCAACUUGUUUGAACGAAUGGCGACCACAUUAUCUAAAAUUGCACAAGGGACACAAAACGCUGAGCCAAAUUCAGUUGCCACAUCCCAGAUAGCGUCAAUCAAAGCAUCCUCUCUUCAGUGUCUUGUAAAUGUGUUAAAAUCUCUUGUCGAAUGGGAGAAGCGUUGGACAGAGUCAGAAAGGCUGAGCAACAGGAAUCAGUCUUCUGAAGAUGAAACUAUAAAGGGAGACCCUGAUAAGAUGAGAAACAUGGAUGAUUCACCCAGUAAUUUUGAGAAAUUGAAGGCCCACAAAUCUACUGUUGAAGCAGCUAUUUCUGAAUUCAAUCGAAAACCCACGAAGGGAAUCGAACAUCUAAUUUCAAAUGGGCUGGUUGAAAACUCACCAACUUCAGUUGCUCAGUUUCUCAAAAGUUCUCCUAGCUUGGACAAGGCUAUGAUUGGUGACUACUUGGGUCAGCAUGAGGAGUUUCCUGUGGCUGUCAUGCAUGCUUAUGUCGACUCUAUGAAUUUCUCUGGAAUGAAAUUUGCUUUGGCAAUUCGUGAAUUUCUUAAAGGGUUCCGACUUCCUGGGGAAGCUCAGAAAAUAGAUCGCAUUAUGGAAAAGUUUGCAGAGCGUUACUGUGCAGACAAUCCUGGCCUAUUCAAGAAUGCAGACAUAGCAUAUAUUCUAGCAUAUGCAGUUAUAAUGCUGAAUACCGAUGCUCACAACCCACUGGUCUGGCCGAAAAUGUCGAAGGAUGAUUUUAUACGUAUGAAUGCAACUGAUGAAGCAGAAGAUUGUGCUCCAAAGGAACUGUUGGAGGAGAUCUAUGAUUCAAUUGUUCAAGAGGAGAUAAAGAUGAAAGAUGAUCCUGUUGGCCUAGCAAAAAGUAGCAAGCAGAAGCCUGAAGCUGAGGAGAGAGGACGUCUAGUCAAUAUUCUCAAUCUUGCACAGCCUAGAAGGAGAUCUUCAAUUGACCCAAAAUCCGAGAGUGAGGCUAUCAUCAAGCAGACACAGGCUAUUUUCCGAAAUCAAGGAGGAAUAAGGGGAGUCUUUUAUACUUCACACAAUAUCAAACUUGUACGUCCAAUGAUUGAAGCUCUAGGGUGGCCACUGCUUGCCACUUUAGCUGCCCUUAUGGAGGAAGGAGAUAACAAAGCACGGGUUAGUGUGUGCAUGGAAGGAUUUAAAGCUGGAAUACACAUCACACAUGUUCUCAGGAUGGACACCAUGCGAUAUGCAUUUUUGACAACUCUUCUUAGACUUAAUCUUUUACAUGUACCAAGGGAUAUGAAAAGUAAAAAUGUGGAAGCACUACGGACUCUUUUGGCUAUAUGUGAUUCAGAUACUGAAGCUUUGCAAGAUACAUGGAUUGCGGUGCUUGAGUGCAUUUCCCGGCUUGAGUUUAUAGUAACUAAUCCUUCAAUGGCUGCAACAGUUAUGCAAGGAUCUAACCAAAUUUCUAGAGAUGCUCUGCUUCAAUCUCUUAGAGAGUUGACUGGAAAACCUACUGAGCAAGUCUUCGUGAAUAGUGUUAAACUGCCCAGUGAAUCAGUGGUUGAAUUUUUCAGUGGUUUGUGUAAAGUCUCAGCUGAGGAAUUAAGACAAUAUCCUGCACGUGUUUUCAGCUUGCAAAAACUUGUUGAGAUCAGCUAUUACAACAUGGCUCGCAUACGAAUGGUUUGGGCAAGAAUAUGGUCUGUUCUGGCUACUCAUUUUAUUUUUGCUGGGAGCCAUCCUGAAGAGAAAGUUGCUAUGUAUGCCAUAGAUUCUCUUCGGCAACUUGGUAUGAAGUAUUUGGAGCGUGCUGAACUUGCCAAUUUUACCUUCCAGAAUGAUAUCUUAAAACCGUUUGUCGUUCUUAUGCGAAGCAGUCGAAGCGAAACCAUAAGGAGACUUAUUGUGGAUUGCAUUGUGCAAAUGAUAAAGUCGAAGGUGGGAAGUAUUAAGUCUGGUUGGCGAAGUGUGUUCAUGAUAUUCACAGCUGCCGCAGAUGAUGAACUAGAGUCGAUUGUUGAAAGUGCUUUUGAGAAUGUUGAGCAGGUUAUAUUGGAGCACUUUGAUCAAGUAGUUGGAGAUUGCUUCAUGGACUGUGUCAAUUGUUUAAUCAGAUUUGCUAAUAACAAGACCUCUCAUAGAAUCAGUUUGAAGGCAAUUGCACUACUUCGUAUAUGCGAGGAUCGUCUUGCAGAGGGUCUUAUACCUGGUGGUGCUUUGAAGCCAGUUGACAGUACUGAAGAUGCUACUUGUGACGUCACAGAGCAUUUUUGGUUCCCAAUGUUGGCUGGUCUCUCUGAUCUGACCUCUGAUCCUAGACCAGAGGUUAGAAACUGUGCACUUGAGGUUCUAUUCGAUUUGCUGAAUGAGCGAGGUGGCAAAUUUUCGUCCACGUUUUGGGAGAACAUUUUUCACCGCGUUCUAUUUCCCAUUUUUGAUCAUGUCAGACAAGCUGGAAAAGAGAAUCUAAGCUCUACUGAUGAAUGGCCACGUGAAAGUAGCAUUCAUUCACUCCAAUUGCUGUGCAACCUGUUCAACACUUUUUACAAGAAUGUGUGUUUCAUGCUGCCCCCACUGCUGGGUUUGCUUUUAGAUUGUGCCCAAAAAUCUGAUCAGUCUGUAGUUGCAAUCUCUCUUGGUGCAUUGGUGCAUCUUAUUGAAGUUGGUGGACACCAAUUUAGUUACAAUGAUUGGGAUACCUUGCUGGAAAGCAUAAGAAAUGCUUCAUAUGCUACACAACCCCUUGAGCUUCUGAAUGAUUUGGGUUUUGAGAACUCAAAGCAUCACACUGCACUGCAUAAUGUUACUGAAAAUGGAAAUGGUGGUGGCCAUUCAUCAGACGUGCUGGACGAUACUCAUGGAUCGGAGCGCCCUGCUGAUUUGGAGGAAACUGGAGGUAUGCCCUCACCAUCUGGGAGAUCUGAGAAACAUACUGUUCCGGAAGGUCUUGACCGUAGUCAAACAAUAGGUCAGAAAAUUAUGGGAAAUAUGAUGGACAACCGCUUCAUCAGAAGUUUCACCUCUAAACCAAAGAUUCAGGCUUCUGAUAUUUUACCAACUUCACCGUCAAAGUUAUUAGCUGAUGAUGUGGAGCCUGAGGCAAAAGAUGAGGAUGAAAGUUCAAUGUUGGCUACUAUUAGGAGCAAAUGCAUCACACAGUUGUUACUUCUCAGUGCAAUUGACAGCAUUCAGAAGAAAUACUGGAACAAGUUGAAGCCAACACACAAGAUAACUAUAAUGGACAUCUUGUUCUCUGUGUUAGAGUUUGCUGCAUCAUAUAAUUCAUAUUCCAAUCUCAGAUUGCGGAUGCGCCAAAUACCUGCUGAAAGGCCACCAUUUAAUCUUCUCCGCCAGGAAUUAUCAGGAACGUCCAUCUAUCUUGAUAUCUUACAGAAGACAACAGCUGGGAUCAAUUCUGUAAGGGAAGAAUCAACUGAAACUACCGUUGCUCAGAGUGGAAAUAGUUAUAUGAAUAAUGAUGCAACUUCUAGCGAUAAGUUUCAACAGCAGGGAUCAAUUAAAGAAGAUAAGUUUCAACAAAUUGCAGAAGAGAAACUGGUAUCAUUUUGUGGACAGGUUCUGAGGGAGGCAUCCGAGUUCCAGUCCUGCACAGCAGAGAGUGCUAAUAAGGAUGUUCAUCAAGUUUUGGAAUUGCGUUCUCCAAUCAUUGUUAAGGUGCUGAGGGGUAUGUGCUCUAUGAACAGCCAAAUAUUCAGGAGUCACCUUAGAGAGUUCUAUCCUUUGAUUACUAAACUUGUAUGCUGUGACCAGAUGGAUGUACGUGGAUCCCUUGCAGAUCUUUUUAAUAUGCAGUUGAAUCCGCUGUUGGCUUAAGAUGUAUUGAGAGCCAAGUGAGGCAUGAUUUUCUAUGAAGAGCUUGAGAGGUUGACUUGCUAAUUGACGUACUACCACCUGUACUACUAUUCUCUACUGCUAUCCUCAGCAUAUCGAUAUUUUAAUAGUUUCUUCAGGUUAGGUUUAAAGGCUUAUAGAACAAUCUCCCUUCUCUUGCAAUAGAUGGAGAGAUAAGAUUCACACAUUAUGGGUUUACACAGUUAUGAUAGUGACAAUUUUGUCGGACUUGCAGAACUAAACUGCCUUGAUUGUGCAAAUUAGGCAUGGAUUUUAUCAGUCUUUGGUUCCUAGUUUUUUCUGAAUCAGUUUCAGCCUUAUGUAUGUAAGAGGCCUAAGCAUAUUUAUAGAGUGAUAUUCCUAUGUUGAGUGUCAUUGUAAUGUGUACUAUAAACGAGGUCUUGCCCUGUUUCUUAAAUGGGUUAUAUUGAUGUAGUGA